AUUCCCGAAGUCAGGACGCGACACGCGACCCUCCUCAGCGCCUGAUCCCCUGCCAGUGCAAGGACCCUCGCGCCCACCCAGGACCCGCAACCCUCCACAUCAGUUCCCCGACUCUUGUUCCAGUUGCCGCCUGCGUUCCCUAGCGUCUUCCCAGAGCGGCGCAUCCCCUGGGCAAGCCAGGCCGGUUCCUGGCUGUCGAUCCGUCCUAUCCGUCGGUCGCGUCCGCUCUCGGUACCAUGCCGUUCCUUGGUCAGGACUGGCGGUCCCCGGGCCAGAGCUGGGUGAAGACGGCGGACGGCUGGAAGCGCUUCUUGGAUGAGAAAAGCGGCACCUUCGUGAGCGACCUCAGCAGUUACUGCAACAAGGAGAAUCUGUUCAACAGCCUGAACUACGAUGUUGCAGCCAAGAAGAGAAAGAAAGACAUACAGAACAGCAAAACCAAAACUCAGUAUUUCCAUCAGGAGAAGUGGAUCUAUGUUCACAAAGGGAGUACUAAGGAGCGCCAUGGAUACUGCACUUUGGGGGAAGCUUUCAACAGACUGGACUUCUCGACUGCCAUCCUGGAUUCCAGAAGAUUCAACUACGUAGUAAGGCUGUUGGAGCUGAUAGCAAAGUCACAGCUCACAUCCCUGAGUGGCAUCGCCCAAAAGAACUUCAUGAACAUUUUGGAAAAAGUAGUACUGAAAGUUCUUGAAGACCAGCAAAACAUAAGACUCAUACGGGAACUUCUCCAGACCCUCUACACAUCCUUAUGCACGCUGGUCCAGAGAGUCGGCAAGUCCGUGCUGGUGGGCAACAUCAACAUGUGGGUGUAUCGAAUGGAGACCAUUCUACACUGGCAACAGCAGCUGAACAGCAUCCAGAUCAGCAGGCCGGCCUUCAAAGGCCUCACGAUCACCGACCUGCCUGUGUGCUUACAACUGAACAUCAUGCAGAGGCUGAGCGAUGGGCGGGACCUGGUCAGCCUGGGCCAGGCAGCCCCAGACCUGCAUGUGCUCAGUGAAGACCGGCUACUGUGGAAGAGACUCUGCCAGUACCACUUCUCAGAGCGGCAGAUCCGCAAGCGAUUGAUCUUGUCUGACAAAGGGCAGCUGGAUUGGAAGAAGAUGUACUUUAAGCUUGUGCGAUGUUACCCAAGAAGAGAACAGUAUGGGGUCACCCUGCAGCUUUGCAAACACUGCCACAUUCUCUCCUGGAAGGGCACUGACCAUCCAUGCACGGCCAACAACCCAGAGAGCUGCUCCGUCUCACUUUCACCCCAAGACUUUAUUAACUUGUUCAAGUUCUGAACACGCACACGCCAACACUUCAGAAGGCCCCUGAUUGGAUGGUUGGGAGUCUGGACACUUCGUUUGUAAAUAGUGUACAUUUGAAGCAUUGGCCUGAAACUGCUGGGAUACGUCAUGGAGAAGACAACGGUGGGAAGAGAUGCGGUUGCCAAUGGAAACUUACAAAUGUGAAUUUCACAUUACAACUGGUACAGAAAA